CCUGCCCGCACGGUUGUAGUGACGUCACCAGCUGAACACCGCGCGCAGGUGCUGCUCGUGUAAACAAUAACAUCGCGAGGAGGAAGACUCGGAGGAGCUGCUGAGGAGGACCAAACAAAUGCAAGAUCUCACUGCAUUGGCCAGAAGCGGAUUUAGUCGCUGCACAUUUUAGAGGAAUGGCAUGUCUUAUGGCUGCCUUUUCAGUCAACAAUACUGCAGUGACCAACUCCAUCAUAAUGAAUACCAACGGACCUCCGGAUCUCAUGCUAGACCCUAGAACCGUGUGUGUGUCCAUUGAUGAAAUGAUAUCCAAGCCUGUCGGCAGUCAGCAAACACCACUGUUGCACGGACACCUGAAAAAAGUUGAGAACAAUCUGACCGAGGCCCAGCGAUUUUCAUAUCUCCCCCGCAGACCCGCAGUCAACAUCGAAUUCAAAGAUCUCUCGUAUUCGGUUCCUGAAGGACCAUGGUGGAGGAAAAAAGGUUACAAGACUCUUCUGAAAGGGAUCUCUGGGAACUUCUCCAGCGGAGCUUUGGUGGCCAUCAUGGGACCCUCGGGAGCUGGGAAGUCUACGUUAAUGAACAUUCUAGCGGGUUAUAGGGAAACAGGCAUGAAGGGGGCGGUCUUGAUAAACGGGCAGCCCAGAGAUCUGCGAUCUUUCAGGAAAGUGUCCUGCUACAUCAUGCAGGACGACAUGUUACUGCCACACCUCACCGUGCAGGAAGCCAUGAUGGUAUCAGCUAAUCUCAAACUCCAGGAAAAGGAUGAAGGCAGGCGUGAAAUGGUACGGGAAAUCCUGACUGCACUCGGCUUGUUAGAAUGUGCCAAGACGCGCACAUCCAACCUGUCCGGAGGCCAGAGGAAGCGCUUGGCCAUCGCCCUGGAGCUCGUCAACAACCCGCCCGUCAUGUUUUUUGAUGAGCCCACCAGUGGACUGGACAGCUCCUCCUGCUUCCAGGUGGUCUCGCUGAUGAAGGCCCUCGCUCGGGGCGGGCGGACAGUCAUAUGCACAAUCCACCAGCCCAGCGCUAAAGUCUUUGAGCUCUUCGAUAAGCUGUACGUCCUCAGUCAAGGCCAGUGCAUUUACCGAGGAAGAGUGUUAAGCUUAAUCCCGCAUCUCAGAGAACUGGGACUCAACUGUCCCACCUAUCACAACCCUGCAGACUUCGUAAUGGAGGUGGCCUCUGGUGAAUACGGUGACCAGACGGCUCGGCUGGUGAAGGCUGUUCAGGAAUGGAAGUGUGAGAAAGACUACAAAAGUGAAAUGAAUGGUAAUGGGGUCCAUAACCCCUUCCUGUGGCACAGACCAUCUGAUGAGGACUCUUCGUCGUCGGAGGGUUGCCAUAGUUUUUCCGCCAGCUGCUUGACGCAGUUUUGCAUCCUUUUCAAGAGAACUUUUCUCAGCAUCCUGAGAGACUCGGUGUUGACUCACUUGCGCAUCAUAUCUCAUCUUGGGAUUGGAAUUCUGAUUGGUCUGUUAUACCUGGGCAUCGGCAACGAGGCCAAGAAAGUCCUUAGCAACUCUGGCUUCCUGUUCUUCUCCAUGUUGUUCCUUAUGUUCGCAGCUUUGAUGCCCACCGUUCUCACCUUUCCACUUGAGAUGGGCGUCUUUUUGAGAGAACAUCUAAAUUACUGGUACAGUCUAAAGGCGUACUACUUGGCCAAAACAAUGGCGGACGUCCCGUUUCAGGUUGUGUUCCCAGUGGCGUACUGCAGUAUAGUGUACUGGAUGACAUCUCAACCUUCAGAUGCAGUCCGUUUCAUUCUUUUCCUGGCUUUAGGGACACUCACGUCACUGGUUGCACAGUCGUUGGGACUACUGAUAGGAGCAGCAUCCACGUCAUUACAAGUAGCAACUUUUGUUGGUCCUGUGACAGCCAUCCCUGUGCUGCUAUUUUCAGGCUUCUUUGUGAGUUUUGACACCAUCCCAAAAUACCUCCAAUGGAUGUCAUACAUUUCCUAUGUCAGAUAUGGUUUUGAAGGAGUCAUUCUGUCCAUAUACGGGCUUGACCGUGAGGACCUGCACUGCGACAAAGACGAGACAUGCCACUUCCAGAAGUCAGAAGCCAUUUUGAAGGAGCUGGAUGUUGAGGAUGCAAAGCUCUACUUGGACUUUAUCGUCCUGGGCAUCUUCUUUGUGUCGUUUCGUCUCAUCGCCUACUUCAUCCUCCGAUACAAGAUCAGUGCUGAGAGAUAGACUCGUGCAAGACGUGAUGGAGAGAGUGCUGUCUUGCCCAGGGAGGGCUAGGCUGAAAAAGCCCAAACAGAGAGGCAUGUUUGCCUACACUGGACAGAAACCUGGGCUGAACCUGAAGUCACAGUAUGUACUGUAAAUGUCCAGCUUUUGCGUGCUUUUAAUAAGAAAACAAAGCGCUUAGAACGCAACCGUUCCGGGACUCAACCAGAUAGACAAAGAAACACGGCCGCACUGAAGAGAGCUCACAGGACACAGACAUUCAGCAGUUGGCUGAGAAAGUAAUGGGCUAAUUUGUGUGAUCAUAUUGGAAAGCUGGAAUCUUUUCUCUUGCCCUUGUGAAAAAAGAAGUGUGCUUAAUUGUAUUGAAUGUGCACAUGUAGUGUACUUCAAAUCUUAAA